GCGAAAAUCAAAGUUCGAGGGUGGACCGUCGAGAUAUAUCGCUCGGUCGCACGCGUGCGCGCCCGUGCCGACGAUAUCGCACACGGCGGCGUGCCGCCUGGAAAUUUUAUCAAUACCGCGGCGGCCAUCUAGUCUCGUUGGCAGUUGCUCGCGAAAAGUUACGCGCCGAACGCCGAACGACCGACCGAUCGACCGGGGGUGCCCGCCGAGCGAGCCGAUUGACAAAUCGACGAGGAUUACCGGAAUAGCGAGAGCCCGAGGCAACCGACUACGAGCAGCAUGGCUACGGAGGGCGGUUUAGCACCGGAUGCGGCUGCAGGUGCAGGCGCCGGCACCGACGGCAUCGUCGGUGGCCCCAGGACGCCCCAGCAAAUUGCCUCGCAGAAGCGGCUGCAGGCGACGCAAGCGCAAGUCGACGAAGUCGUCGACAUCAUGAAGACGAACGUCGAGAAGGUCCUCGAGCGCGAUCAGAAGCUCUCCGAGCUCGACGAUCGAGCAGAUGCACUCCAACAAGGAGCGUCACAGUUUGAACAGCAAGCGGGAAAAUUGAAGAGAAAGUUCUGGCUACAGAAUCUAAAGAUGAUGAUCAUCAUGGGUGUUAUCGCACUCAUCGUAUUGGCCAUCAUUGUCGCGAGCGUCACCGGCGGCAGCAAUACGCAAAAUUGAGCGCGAGGGUAAGAGCUAAAAAAAAUAACGCAACCAACAACUAUAACAACAACAACAACAAAAAGAGAGGUGAAAGGAGGAGAGGAAGAGACGCAAGAAACAGCGGAAAGUGAUUUGCGAAGAGGAGGUGUGGUUUUUUUGGAGGAGGAUAGAUCUCGCAAGACGGAAAUUGUGAUGAGCCGUUGACGAGCUCUGCCCGGAGUUCUCCGCGAACACGUGAAUGUCGGAUCGAUCGCGCGCGGGAAUCGAUCGAUCGAUCGUCGGCCUUGGGAUUCUCAUCGCGGGAGAGGCGGAAGAAUCGACGACAGAUGAUCGGAGGCAGGGAAACGUUGUUGAUCCGAGCGGGAACAACGAAGAGAGCCGUCGCGACGACCACGGAACUUUCCUGUUACCCUUUGUAGCGGUUUUUCUUUUCGAAUCGAGCGGAGAAAGUCGAGGGAGGGUCCACGCUGAACCGACUUGGUCUCCAUAUCUCGCAUGGACGAAGGUCGCGCACAACAAUUAACCAUCUCGGGCGAAAUUCCGUUGAUUCUCGGGCGAAAUCCCACUGAUUUCUCGGCUUUUAUCUCGUUAUGUUAUUACUAUAUUUGUAUCAUUUUACUUGUAUUAUUUUAUUUUCUUUUGAUUGUAUUAUUCGAUACAAUUGACGUAAUUUCGUUUCAUCAUAUCAUUUUAGUUGUAUUAUUUUAUUUUCUUUCAAUUGUAUUAUUGUUCAAAUUGACGUAAUUUCGUUAUAACGAGAGUUUUAAAACGGUGCGUCAUUACGAGGAAUGUUAAUUUAUCUCCUCUGAAUUUCGGCGAACGCGAAAUUAAUUUGAAAAUACACAGGUCUUAAUAAUAGAUCUAAGGCUUCCGGAAAUUUAUUAGAUAGGUAGCAUUGAAACGCAAUAUUGUAACUGAUUCCAUUAAAAUCUCGCGACUAAACGCGAUUGAUUGAUAAGAUACGUGCAUCGCGCUUUCCUUCGUCCAUCUUCGUUAAUUAAGAUUGUCCGAGAAAAGUUAGAAGAGAAAUAGAGAAACAGACAAUUAUUGUAUACAAAGAAGCGAAAGGUUCAUGAAAAAAGAGAGGGAAGAUUCGUUUUAGCAGCGACAUAAUACUUAAAUAUAUAGGAUAUAUGUAUAUGUAUAUAUAUAUAU